CAUGUAUGCAGAGUCCUCUGGUCGGGCAAAAGGCAACGUAGCACGCUUAACAAGCUCAAGGGAGGACACUGUUCAACAGCAAUGUGUCGAGUUCUAUUACUCAAUGUAUGGGAAUACAAUGGGUUCGCUAAGAGUAUAUGUCACAGAAAGCCCUGCUUCUAGUUCGGGUGAUCUGGUAUGGUCCCUCUCUGGCAAUCGUGGAAGUGGAUGGUUUAGAGGUUUUGUAAACGUUCCAACUGACACCAAUAAAACUCAGUUGAUCUUCGAAGCAGAGACAGGGGAUGGAGAGUAUUCUGACAUCGCAAUAGACGAUAUCAAAGUGAUAGACGGACUCUGCCCACAAGAUUUUCUAAACUGCACAUUCGAGAAAAUGGAUGACCUGGACGACGGAAUGUGUGGAUUUCUUCAGGAUAAAUCGGAUGGUUUUGAUGUAUCACGUGUAAGCGGAAGACUGGGUCAAGAACCUUCCGUCGAUCACACAACUGGAACCAUUGCGGGUUACCUAAUUUACACUAAAGCGUCAUGGUCUAAUAGAAACAAGAUCGCGCGGCUCAUAUCACCAACAUUUCGAGGCAUUCAGGGAGACGACAAGGAGACCUUUUGCGUGGUAUUUUGGUAUCACAUGACUGGUGACGAUAUCGGUGAGCUGAACGUCUAUCUCCGUAACACCACCUCCGAUACAAUAGACUCGUCAGCUUUGGGCUCAAGAAUUUGGUCCCUGGCUGGAAACAGAGGGGACGUUUGGAGAGGGGCUGAAGCAGAGAUAAAUACUCCGAGUGAUUUCAAUAUCAUAUUUGAAGUCGCCCGCGGCUCAUCAUACAAUGGGGAUGUGGCAUUAGAUGAUAUUUUAAUCACGAGUUAUGGCUGCCCCGGCCACCAUAAACAUGUCGAUAAAAACGAGAGUAGUGUAUCAUGCACUUUUGAAGAAGCUGAGCUGUGUGCUUAUGUCCAAGAUGACACUGAUACCAUUGACUGGAAAUGGCACAACAGAGCAGCGGGCGGCGUCUUUACUGGUCCAGAUUACGAUCACACGAAAGGAAAUGAAUUUGGGUUUUAUCUGUAUAUUUCAAGCUCACGAACAAUAAAUUCUGAAGACGUCGCACGUAUCAUGUCUCCGGUUGCCACUUCAUCAUCAUCGAUAUCGUCGUGUGUCGAGUUCUGGUAUCACAUGUGGGGAAGGGAUGUUGAAACCCUCAAUGUCUACAUCAAACCUGAAUCCUCGGACUUGCUGCCGUCGACACCGGUGACGAGAGUUGAAGGCGACCAGGGAAACUACUGGCAUCGAAGAACAUUCACUGUACAAGCCGAGUCGGGAGAAUAUAGAAUAGUAUUUGAAGGUAUCCCGGGAGAUGAAGUACGUGAUGACAUCGCAAUGGACGACGUUACACUCUACCAGGAUCAGAAUUGCCCAGAAUUUGUUACCGAGCCUCCUAAGUCUGCUUCCAUGCCUCCUGCAAGAGAAAGUAUUGACUGCGAUUUUGAGAAAGAUUUCUGCGAUUACACUAAUGACGUUGACACUGAUUACGGAGACUGGACAAGACGCCAGGCGAAAGACGGCUCGACCUCUACUAUAACUGGGCCAAAAGUGGAUCAUACGCUAGGGACAGAGUUGGGCUAUUACACAAGCUUUGACCCGUACGACUUAAGUGGAGCCCGCUACGGCGAUACAGCUGUGCUGAAAUCCCCGUUCAUCGUACCAAAGCCACAGGAUCGUUGCUUGGUUUUCUUUGCGUUCAUGUUUGGCCAUUCCAUAGACUACCUUACCCUCCAGAUUGUUGAAUGGGGAAGCACACCGUCCAUGGACCCACAGUUUGCAAUUUAUGGCAAUCAUGCGGAGAAGUGGUUGGAACUCGGAAUGGACGUCCCCGCGUCAAGUGAGCCGUUUCAGAUAUGGUUCGUUGGAACAAUAGGCACGUCAAGAUACGCUUCUGAAAUUGUCCUGGAUGACAUAGCCCUCAUGAAUGGAAAAUGUCCGAUUAAAGCCACGGAAGCUCCACCAGUACCUUGGGCAGCCAACUGUGAUUUCGAAUCUACGACGGACCCGCUCUGUGGCUAUACUAACAAUGACAACAACGAUUUUGACUGGACAGUGCAUAGCGGUAGCACCAGCUCGAGCAAUACAGGCCCUUCAAGCGAUCACACCACGGGAACCGUCAUAGGACACUAUGUUUACGUCGAGUCUUCUAUUCCGCAUCGGCCCAAUUCUCGCAUCUCCAUGAGAUCUCCUAUCCUUAACAGCAAGAACCAAGACAUGUGUAUUCGAUUCUACUACCACGCGUACGGUAAGGACGUCGGGUCUCUGACCGUCGAUGUCGAUUUGGAAGACUUUUACGACGACAUCACACAAUUUGCGAUCGCCGGUGACCACGGGAAUAAAUGGCGCCCAGCUAAUGUGAAUAUACCGGCUAGCUUCACUGGCAUCCAUAAUUUCAGGAUUGAAUUUUCGACCGAGAAAUACAGAGACGGAUUCGAAGGUGACGUCGCUAUCGAUGACAUCAUGUUCUUAAGGCAGCCAUGCGAAGGAUAUCCGUCCGAAAGCGCGUGUAGCUUCGAACAAGGCCUAGUAGGCUGUGGAUAUAGUGUCGAUUUGACAGCUCAAUACCAAUGGAAAUGGUACGAUAUCCUUGCCUUAGAAGAACCACCCCUGAAUUCGAUUUCUACCUCUUUCAUGUACACCAAGCCCCCGACUCCGAACGCCGGUUACACCGCUGAACUGUUCUCCGCAGUCUACGAUCUCCGUGGUCGGACUCAUUGUCUGACAUUCGACCUCGUCCUCACAGGGGACAGCACUCACCGGCUUCUGAUUCAAACACGAGAGACGAAGGCGAAGAUAAAACACGAUAUAGACCUUCUUUCGGGAGACCUUGGUGGAUCGUGGGUCAGGGGAAACUGGUCAAUACAGGGCGAUCUCAUUCAUUCUACGUUUCAGCUUGUCUUCACGGCAAUCUAUGACUCAAGCUCCGAAGGAAUUAUUGCUAUCGAUAAUGUUUACCUUUCAAAGCAUAUGGAUGCGUGCAUGAAAUAUCCACAACAUCCAGUGAAGACGAGUUCACGACCUUUUAUUUCUCGGCAACCACAUCGAGGUACUAGUCCUGACGUCGGAAUGAUCAUCACUAUUGUCCUGGCCGUACUUGUUUUCAUAGCCGUCGCCAUCAUCGGUGGUCUUUUUAUUUUCAAAUACCGCAAGCCGAGUUUGAAAUCUUUUACUGUCGACUAUAAGAACGAGAACUUGGAUUCCAUUUCGGUGUCUGGGGUAAACACGCACAGCCGCGAUGGAGGUAGUGAGGAUUCACAGGUGGUUAUUCGUGGGACUUCAGAAGCAUCGAAGCCCGACUCUUCUCAUUUUUUGUAGUUUCCAAGCGUAUGGAAUCUCCUAUUACCCUUGCAAUCAUAAAAUUGCACAAAAAAUGUGUUAUAAAUAUAAUUUAUAUUUAAAUCACUUUGUACCUUAAUUCAUUUUAUGGCGUUCUAUUAUAUUCAUUCUAAAAGGGCAAAAUAAAAAUAAAAAUGUCACCCCUGAUAAUUAUGCAUUAUCAAAAGAUGAGAACGACGACAGAAGUGUUAGAAGUAUUUAUAAUUAUGUUUAUCGUAAUAAAUAAUUUUAUCGGGAUUUACAUAAAUAUAUGUAUAACGAUGAUAUAUGAAUGAAUAUGAUCAUACAAUGAUAAUUAGUGUGUUUUUUGUAAUAUCGUUAUCAAGAGUAGUAUCACAAUAAUUAAGUUUAUUGAAAAUAUUCAACUUAAAAAUUUUAUCAAUUGUAUUCUUAACAGUAAUUAUAAUAGAAGUAUCUGCUACGGUUGUAGAAUUUUUAUCAAUUUUUUUUAUUGUUGGUUAAGACUUCUAAAAAGCUAUCUAUUCAACAAAACGGUUCAAAUGUUAAACUAUUGCGUCUCUCAUGAGAACGAUCUUGGAUCUACUCCCAAUGUGAGAGGUAAAUGAGUUAUGAACUUCAAAUUGCCUUGGUAAGCAAAGCAUCGUGCUGAUAGGAAUUAUCGCUUAUAUUCAUUUUAUUCAUCAAAGACUGACUACAUACAGUUGUUUUUUUUGUCUUUUUAUCUUCAUUAAUUGAACGCGUACCUAUUUUUUAUCGUCUCAACUAUAUUAAACAAAUUUCGAGAAUAAUAUCUGAAUUAGUCUAUUUUUUAUUUCAUUUUUCCUAUGAUACUUCAUUAGGUUUGAUUAGCUUGUAUAGUAUCCAAUGGCUUCCAAAUCAUUCUGGGCGGAAAUGUUGCUAUGAUAAAUUCCAUCCUAUGGACCACACUUGUUAUUGGCAUAUUUCAACAUUUAUUAACAAUGAAAUGUGAACUUUAAAUAUUUCCAUAUUUUAUCAUCAUUCUUAAGCCCUGAAUGGUUAUUCUUACCACGUUUAGACAACAUUAAAUGUAUCUUAUUUUUUGUAUUUCGAUAUAAAUAUAUUUCUAAGAAUAAAAAUGCCUCCAAGGAUUGAUAAAAUGAUAUGAAAGAAAUGUUGCUGUAUGUUAACCAUUUUCGUCUGUGAUAUAUGGCUUUACGUACGUUGAUCUUGACUAUCGUUAAAAUUCAGCAGGCAAAUUCAAUGUCAUAGUCUAACUGUCAAACAAAUACAUGUAAGUCGAUCUAUCGAUUAUUUCAGUGAGAAAUUUUAAAUUGAAUGGAAGAUGCAAUAACUUGCACACUAUCGUAAAGUGGCUUAUAAGCGUUUAACACCUGCUCGAAUUUUUCAAAGAAGAUUGAAGAUCUUAAUAAAGUCACAUGCUAAGUAUACUUGCAAUACACUUAUAUAUGCCGCAAAAUUAUACCAGAAUAGAUGCUGCUCCAAACAAUAUUAUCAUUGUAACUGCUGUGAUUUGAGGUGUGAAGUGUGAUUGCUAGCAGCUAUGAGUAGUCUUUUUUUUUUUCUUUUGACAAUAAAGUGAUUCCGAAAAUAUUGUUUUCUUCUUUGCGUAUCCCUAUUUUUAGUUUUUGCUGUUAUAAAUGCUUCGGAAAAAUUAUAUAUCAUAUUUUAAUGUGGGGAACUUUAGCCCCACUUUUCGAGGUUCACAAAAUAUGCCUCUGAUGAUGGAAAAGUACCCCGUCCACGUUAAAUAUAUGCUAAAUCCAUAGCUUCUCCUUUUAGUGGAACCCCCUCAUUAUUUUUUCCUAUGAGAUGUUUUAUGCUGCGAUUCUUUCAAAUAUUAAUCCGUCACUUUGUAUCUAAUUUAUAUCAUUAUGAAUUUAUAUUUUUGAACAGAAAUGAAAUAAACUGAUCAUUGAAUCGAAUAAGGUCAUGAUUCAAAAUGUCAAUUCAUAUGUUGCUU